AUGCGCGCUCUGGCGGUCCCCGUGUGGCGGAGUGUUCGCACGUAUGCGACAGGCAGGCAAGCUCGACCUGGCACAACACUGAGCUUGGAACAUUUCAUUCAGCGGGCACGGGCUCUCGCCCUCUACCGGUCGAUCCUUCGAAGUACACGCCAAAUCGCUGACGCCAGGACUCGCGCCGAGACACGGAGGUUUGCGCGGGACGAGUUCGAGAGGCAUCGCGGGGUCACAGAUAUUGACCACACCCGAUACCUCCUGUCGACAGGCAAGACCGAAUGGGAGAGCAUGGAGAGGUAUAUUAACGGUCUGUAA